AAAAAGGAGCAAAACCUAACGCCUCCCAAAACCCUGCCAUACCGUUCUCAUUUGGCCUUCUCGAGCUUCGCGGCGUCGCCGUCGUUCUCUUUCCCUCACCUGUCCUCGUCUGCGACUUCAAUUGACCAUGGCGGAUGGUAUCGAAGAGGCGGCUUCCAAUCUCACUCUCACUGAUUCGCCCGCCGAGGAAGUCCAAAGCAAAAGCGCUCUGAAGAAAGAGCUGAAGAAGAAGAAGAAGGAAGAGGAGAACCGGCUUAAAGAUGAAGAAAAGAAGAAGAAGGCUGCUGCAACGCCUCAGUCGCAGAAGCAGAUUGUUGCUGAUGAUGAAGAUAUGGACCCGACGCAAUAUUAUGAAAAUAGGCUGAAGGCAUUGGCAUUGAUAAAAGCAACUGGAGGAAAUCCCUACCCGCAUAAGUUUAACGUAUCCAUGACAAUUUCAGAGUAUAUUGAGAAGUACAAGACAUUGAGUGAGGGGCAACACCUUAAUGAUGUUGAAGUUAGCUUAGCAGGGAGAAUCAUGAACAAACGAACAUCUUCAUCAAAACUAUUCUUUUAUGACCUAUAUGAAGGUGGUCUUAAAGUUCAAGUCAUGGCUGAUGCUAGGGAAUCAGUGUUGGAUGAAGUUCAAUUUACCAAACACCACACUGGUGUAAAACGUGGUGACAUUGUUGGACUUUGUGGAUAUCCUGGUAAGAGUAAAAGAGGAGAGCUUAGUAUCUUCCCUAAAACAUUUAUUGUUCUCUCGCCAUGUGUGCACAUGAUGCCGAGGCAGAAAGCUGGUCCUGGCACUGACAUUGCUAUUAAGAAGAAUGAACAAAAAACACCAUCAGAUGUUUGGGUCCCUGGAAUGACAAGAAAUCCUGAAACAUAUGUUUUGAAAGAUCAGGAAACACGUUAUCGUCAACGUUAUCUGGAUCUAAUGUUGAAUCACGAGGUCAGACAAAUAUUUAAGACUCGUGCCAAUAUUAUCAAUUAUAUCCGAAAUUUCCUCAACAAACUUGACUUCUUGGAGGUGGAAACACCUAUGAUGAACAUGAUUGCUGGAGGAGCAGCUGCCAAGCCUUUUGUUACUCAUCACAAUGAAUUGAACAUGAAAUUGUUCAUGCGUAUUGCUCCUGAGCUUUACUUGAAGGAGUUGGUUGUUGGUGGGUUGGAUCGUGUUUACGAAAUUGGAAAACAAUUUAGGAAUGAGGGUAUUGAUUUGACUCAUAAUCCCGAGUUCACAACAUGUGAAUUCUAUAUGGCUUUUGCGGAUUACAAUGAUUUAAUGGUUCUCACAGAAGAAAUGUUAUCAGGAAUGGUCAAGUUUCUAACUGGUGGUUAUUUGAUCAAAUAUCACGCACAUGGAGUGAACAAGGAUCCAAUAGAAAUCGACUUUACUCCACCCUUUAGGCGGAUGGACAUGAUUGAAGAAUUGGAGAAAAGGGCUAAUCUUUCUAUACCAAAAGAUCUUUCAAGUGAAGAAGCAAACAAGUACUUAGUGGAUGCCUGUGAAAAGUUGGAUGUUCAGUGCCCCCCUCCAAAGACAACGACAAGGUUAUUGGACAAGCUUGUUGGACAUUUCUUGGAGGAGGAAUGCACCAAUCCCACAUUCAUCAUCAAUCACCCGGAGAUAAUGAGUCCAUUGGCAAAGUGGCAUAGAUCGAAACCAGGUCUUACUGAGCGUUUUGAAUUGUUCGUUAACAAACACGAGGUAUGCAAUGCAUACACUGAAUUGAAUGAUCCAGUUGUCCAGCGUCAACGCUUUGCUGAACAGCUUAAGGACCGGCAAUCUGGUGAUGAUGAGGCAAUGGCUUUGGAUGAAACAUUUUGCACUGCACUUGAAUACGGAUUGCCUCCAACUGGUGGAUGGGGUUUGGGAAUAGAUCGUCUUACAAUGUUGCUAACCGAUUCACAAAAUAUAAAGGAAGUUCUCCUUUUCCCUGCCAUGAAGCCACAAGAUGAGCCUUCAACCAAAGGCUCAGAUUGAUCUCUUGGAAACUGAGCCCGUUGCAUGAUUGAGAAAAUACACUAUACUUCGAAGAGAAGCCUACGUUACUUUCUGGCCUUUGGAUAUUUGUAUUGGUUUUGUUAGACUAUCAUCGACGUGUGUUUUCAGUGUUUUUGCUAGUCCAUCGUAGCACCAACUGUUGAAUUAUGUGUACUAAUUUAUUUUUAGCCUUCAUCAUGAAGCACUAUUUCCAUUAAAAAAUUUGUGUUUUUUUAA